CGUAGAUAUUCGCGCGCGUGAAACGUUUCUACUCUUCAACAAAAUCAACAAAACUAUCCUGAUUGUUUAUAUUUUUGUUUGAUUUUAAGUGACAAGUGAACCGGUUUAAUUUUAUUUCGUUUUCGGCCAGUUUUCACAUUGCAUAAGUCAUAACAAUUGUUCAAAAUCAUUGUUUUAAUUAUUAAAUUAAUUAAUAGUAAAUCUCACAGUAUUAACCAACUGAACAGUUAAUAUUCAUGUGAACAAAUCGCUAUAUUAAAAUAUAAUGGUGUGAAAACUACAAGAGUACAAGUAAUAAAAUCGUUUAAAUCCAGUAAUAACAUGGCGGAAGUUGAAGAUAAGAAAAAUGUGCCGGAGACGGUCGAAGAAACACUCCCAAAGGAAGAAAAAGAAAUCAAAAACAUCGACACGAUUUCCACAAAAUUGUCCACGGAUCAACUGAUAUGCAAAAGUCCGCAGGAAUCCCCGAACGCUUCGGUCAAAUCCCUGAAAGAAAACACGAAGAAACCGCCAGGGAAAUUUCAAUUCAACGGACUCCUAUACUUGGGAAUAUUGCAAAUCAUUUUCGGGAUUUUCAUGAUGGUCUUCGGCAUUUUAGUCAUAACGCAUCAGGCCAGCCUAAGUCAGUUUGGAGCAGGAAUUUGGGGCGGUUGCCUUGCUAUGGCAACGGGAAUCGCCGGAGUAUUCGCCUCUGCCAAAACCCUCUGCCCGUUGAAGAGCACGGCCCAAACGGUCGCCCGAACCGUCUACCUAGCAUUGAGUCUCAUCAGCUUGGCUAUAUCCCAGUUGGUGGUCGUGAUCGCAGCUACUGGAGUCGCCCGAGAUAUCAACUCUACGGAAUCCGACGACAAGCCACACGUUUACGCUCCCAUCACCGAAGACUACUCGAUAGAACUGCCCGCAAACUACCACACCAUAAUGGCGAACUUGGGCCUCCUGACGGUGGCUGCGAUCGAUUGCAUUUGUGCGGCGUUCGCGUCCUACAAAAGCGCAAGAGAUGUUUGUCCGUGCUUUAGGAACCAGGACGAGAGUUACAGGGACUUCAACAUGCAACACAGCCACGCACUGGUCAACUCCUGGUUGGGGAACCAUGGAACGGGUAAACAGCCGCAGUUUUACGUCGUCGCGGCGCCUCCUUCCACACUAGGAAACGUGAGCAAGAUGUCCGGCCACUGCACUCCGGUCUUUGCGAUUCCUUCUCCAAUGGUACAGCCGCAACUAAUCGGCUAUCCUUUGAUACCAGCGCCGCUUGGUCCUGUACCCUCACCAAUUAUCCCGCCCCCAAACCGACGCGAAAUGAUGUACAAACUACAAAAGAAAUACAGAAUGAGAGCCAAGACAUCAAGCAGAGAACACACUCCGAAAAGAUCCCGAUCCAGGUCUAAAUCAAAAUCGAGGGAACGUGAAGUAACGGAAAGGGAUGUGGCAAGUACUUACACUGGAUUGGACCGAACAAUUGCGGAAGAAUUUAUAGAUAUUUUGGAUUCGAAGAACAACAGCACUUGCAGCAGCGAUUACAGUUGCACGAGCAGCUGUCAAAGUCCAAGUAACGAGUGUUGUAAUACCAACAGUGAUGCUGCAUCCAGGGAUUAUCUGGUUAAUAAAAUUUAGUUGGGAUCCAGAGCUGACCUAUGAAAAUUACAAGUACAUGAUGUAUAUUUAAUGUAAAUAUAAACAUUAGAAUUUAUAAGACUGUAUCUAACAAGGUUCUUGUAAUAAUAGAGAUAUAAACUAUUCCUUGUUCUAAUAUCACUUCUCUCGCAUAGUUAGUUUGGAAUACUUGUUACCAGAGAAGUUUUAUACAAUAUUAUGAAUAACUGAUUUAAGUGUUACCUAAUGGAGUUAAUUUUCUGUUUUAUAUAAAAAUAUCGGAAAUACUUAGGAGAAGAUAAAUCAAUACUAACAUUAAUUGUAAGAAUGAAUGUGAUUUAUUUGGUACUAUAUUGUAUAUAAGAAAUUAAAUAAAGAAUAUAAUA